AUGGGCAGUGAAGAAGAAAGAAACAGACCCGGAAAUUCUGUUGCUGGAUUAUCCAACUUACAAAUGCGUGCUCUCAAUGAUUCUAUGUCUAACUUGUUGAAUACAGGUUUGGAGGCGAUCCAUCUUAGACUGGAUGAACUUCAGGGCCGACCAGCUCAGUCCCGAACCAGAACCAGGCGUGACCGCCCAAGGAGACACAGCCGGUCCGACCUUGAGAUCCGAGAUGAGUCCUAUGAUGAUGAUCAGUCCAUCAAUCGUCCAAGGAGAGCUCCUAGACAUCAAAACCAAGGUGAUGUCAAUCCAUUUGGUAGAAAUGAAAGAACUAAUGAUGGCAUGGGUGGAUUGAAAUUGAAAAUUCCAAGUUUUGAUGGCAAAAAUGAUCCGGAUGCUUUUCUUGAAUGGGAAAGAAAAAUUGAGCUUGUGUUUGAUUGUCAAAAUUUUUCUGAUAUUAAAAAGGUUAGACUUGCUGCUGCUGAGUUUACUGGCUAUGCUAUUAACUGGUAUGAUCGAGUUGUGACUAGCAGGAGAAGAGCAGGUGUGGCGCCAGUUGAUACAUGGGAUGAGCUUUCCAUGCUGAUGAGGAAACGCUUUGUUCCCGACCAUUACCACCGGGACCUACACCACAAACUCAGGCGGCUGCUUCAAGGUUCCAAGUCAGUUGAGGACUAUCACCAGGAGAUGGAGACCUUGAUGAUCAAAGCUGAUGUAGAAGGGCCCUUAGACGCCACCAUGGCCAGAUUUCUUACCGGGCUCAACUGUGAUAUUCAAGACCGUAUGGAGCUGGAAGAUUAUGACAGCAUGGAGCAGAUGCUACACAAGGCCAUACUGAUUGAACAACAAGCCAAAAGAAAAGGUCUUUCUAAACCAGCCUUUGCUCCCAAAUCAUCCUUUGCUCCCAAAGCAAACUAUCAAGACAAAGGUAAGUCUUCUUCCUCAACAAAUACUGCUUUUAAGACUAAUUCCUCUGCUCAUGUUGAUAGAGAAAAGAAAGAGGAGGCUCCAAAACGAACCAGAGACAUUCAGUGUUUCAGAUGUCAUGGCCUUGGCCACUAUGCCAACCGAUGCCCAAACCAAAAGGUGAUGGUUCUUUUGGAGAAUGGUGAAGUAGAAUCCGAGGAAGACAAGGAGGAUCUUGGACCAGUGUAUGAUGAUGAUGAGGAAGAGGCGCUUGACUUCCCAGCUCAUGGUCCCCUUCUUGUUACUAGAAAGACUUUGGACGAUGCCUUUGAUCCCAUCUUCGAUGAGGAGGCCGAUGGAGUGAUCGAUGAGUUCUGCUCGAACUUUGUGGAGGGUUCUGAUCCGAUCUGUGAUGAGGACGACCUUGAUGAUCCCAGCCACGGUCCAAUACUUGUUACUAGACGUGCCUUGAGUGUCCAGACAAAGACCAACGACAAAGAACAAAGGGAGAAUCUCUUUCACUCUAGAUGUCUCAUUUCUGAUAAAGUUUGUUCUUUGAUUAUUGAUGGAGGUAGUUGCACUAAUGUGGCUAGUGACACCCUUGUUAAGAAAAUUGGGCUUGUUACUCGGCCUCUUGCUCGUCCUUUCAGGUUGGAGUGGCUCAAUGAGGCUGGAGAGCAAUAUGUGAAGGAGCAAGUCACCGUCCCACUUUCUAUUGGGCGAUAUGAGGAUGAGGUCGUGUGCAAUGUGCUUCCCAUGGAUGCAUGUCAUGUUCUUUUGGGCCGGCCUUGGCAGUUUGAUAAAAAGGCUGUGCAUGAUGGUUUCACAAACCGGCACUCUUUUGAUCAUAAGGGAAAGAAGAUAACCUUGGUGCCUUUGUCGCCCUCGGAGGUCCAUCAAGACCAGCUUCAACUCAAGAAGGGGCGUGACCAAGAGUCUAAGGCAGAUAAACCCGAUUCUAGUACCAGAAACUCCAACUUCUUUGUCAAAGAAAGUCAGGUCAGGAAAUCUCUUUACUCUCAACAGCCAUUUCUUUUACUUGUGUAUAAAGAAUCUCUUAUGGCUAAUUCUUCUGACCUUGCACCGGAGAUUCCGAGUGAGUUGCUAGAUGUUUUGCAGGACUUUUCUGAUGUCUUUCCAGAUGAGAAUCCAAAGGGAUUGCCACCAAUACGAGGUAUUGAGCAUCAAAUAGAUUUUGUUCCGAGUGCAUCUCUGCCGAACCGACCAGCUUACCGUACCAAUCCGGUCGAGACCAAGGAACUUCAGAAACAAAUCGGAGAGCUUCUUGAGAAAGGCUACAUCCGGGAAAGCCUCAGUCCUUGUGCUGUUCCAGUUCUUCUAGUGCCCAAGAAAGAUGGUUCAUGGCGCAUGUGUGUUGACUGCCGAGCCAUCAACAACAUUACGGUAAAGUAUAGGCAUCCCAUUCCUAGGCUUGAUGACAUGCUUGAUGAGUUGCAUGGUUCUUCAGUUUUCUCUAAGAUUGAUUUGAAAAGUGGAUAUCACCAGAUUAGGAUGAAAGAAGGUGAUGAAUGGAAAACUGCAUUUAAGACUAAGCUAGGAUUGUAUGAGUGGCUUGUUAUGCCAUUUGGUCUCACUAAUGCACCUAGCACUUUCAUGCGUUUGAUGAAUCAUAUUCUGAGAGCAUUCAUUGGUCAUUUCGUGGUUGUAUACUUUGAUGACAUACUCAUUUACAGCAAGAACCUAGAUGAUCAUAAGAAGCAUGUGAAAUCUGUUCUUGAAGUUCUUAGGAAAGAAAAGCUGUUUGCAAAUCUUAGUAAAUGCUCUUUUGGAACAGAUCACGUGGUGUUCUUAGGUUUUGUUGUAGGUGCUGAUGGACUCAGAGUGGAUGAGGAGAAGGUCAAAGCCAUCCGAGAAUGGCCCAUUCCGACCACAGUAAGCGAGGUAAGGAGCUUCCACGGCCUUGCCGGGUUCUACCGAAGGUUUGUCCAGGAUUUCAGUACCAUCGCAGCCCCACUUACUGAAGUGAUCAAGAAGAAUGUUGGUUUCAAGUGGGAACAGGCUCAGGAAGAAGCAUUCCAACUCUUGAAAGGGAAGUUAACUCAUGCUCCUUUACUUGAUAGGAAACCCAUUGCUUACUUCAGUGAGAAGCUUAGUGGAGCCACUCUCAACUACCCCACUUACGACCAGGAGCUGUAUGCUUUGGGCCAGCAGAAGCUAAACAAGAGGCAUGCCCGUUGGGUUGAGUUUAUUGAGACAUUUCCUUAUGUGAUCAAGUACAAGCAAGGUAAGGAAAAUGUUGUGGCUGAUGCUCUGUCCCGAAGGGAAUCUCAUGGAGGAGGUCUUAUGGGACAUUUCAGAAUCAAGAAGACAUACAAGGUGGUGUAUGAGCACUUCUAUUGA